AUGGGGUAUAAUAGGGCCUUCAGUGCGCCAGGAAAAGCACUUUUGGUGGGUGGAUAUUUGGUUCUGGAUAGUCGCUAUAAGGCGUACGUUAUUGCCUUGUCUUCCCGUAUGCAUGCUGUAGUAUCAGCUGCCAAUGAAGCUAAUGCCGAAGGUUCAUAUAGAGUUUUGGUUACAAGCGCUCAGUUUAAUGAUGACCAAUGGAGCUAUACCGUUUCAAAGAAAGAAGGCUUUUUGCCAGCAGAAGAUAAUAAUCGAACUAAUCCGUUCAUUGAGCAAGUUAUUUUUAAUGUUUUCAACUACUUCUUCGAUAAUGUAGAACAAGUACCAAACGUUAUCAGAAUUCAAAUAUUUUCUGAUCCAGAGUAUCACUCUCAGGAAAAUACAUAUGUGGUUUCUAAUAAAUACAAGCAUUUCAAUUUUCAUAAAAAAGGUAUUACAGACGUGCCAAAAACAGGUUUGGGCUCAUCUGCUGGUUUGGUAACGGUUCUGACAGCUGCACUCUGUUCAGUCUUAAUGGAAGAAUCAUUAACGCCUUUAAACGCAACGAAUGCAGAGCAUCUAAAAAUUGUUCAUAAUCUUGCGCAGGUAGCACACUGUCAAGCCCAGGGCAAAAUAGGAAGUGGUUUUGAUGUUGCUGCCGCAACGUAUGGUUCUAUUCUCUACAACAGAUUUGCGCCUGAUUUAGUCUCUGAUCUACCAAAGAUGAAUCCAAAACAUAUUCGACAAUACCACCGUGCUUUAGUUGCUUUGGUGGAAAGAAUCGAUUGGAACAUAUCAACAGAACGCAUAAAACUGCCCCGGGGAUUGAAGUUGAUAAUGGGAGAUGUUAAUAGCGGUUCCGAAACAGUUAAAUUGGUUGCAAAGGUCAAGAGGUGGUACCAGGAGAAUUUACCUCGUAGUCUGGAGAUCUAUGAGAAGAUAAAUGAUAAUAAUAUGAAAGUCAUCGUAGGAUUUUCAAAGCUAAACCAGUUGAGUGAAACAAAUCCGGAAUAUUAUAAGAAGAUAUUGGAAAGUUUGAUCCAGCCAAGUGGUAAAAAGUAUGUCGAACUGGAAGAGAUUCAAGAUGCUGUAAAUACCAUACGUGAACAAUUCAGAAUCAUCACACAAGAAUCCGGUGCUGACGUAGAACCAAGUAUUCAAACUGAAUUAUUGGAUGCAUGUAUGAAUUUGAAAGGGGUACUAACUGGUGUUGUUCCUGGAGCUGGUGGCUAUGACGCCAUUUCAUUAAUUGCUACGGAAAAUACGGAGUUAUUUCAAGAAACUGAAAACAGGGAAGACUUUAAGAAUGUUUCAUGGCUUAAGAUAAAGCAAGCGGAUCUUGGCUUGAUGGAAGAGGAUUAUCUCCAUUAUAAAGGUCUUGAAUAG